AUGGCGGCCAUUGCGCUGCCACCUCCCAAAGCGCGGCGCUCCAGCGAGGAGGCACGUGUGGUCUGCAGCGGCCAGUUGGUGCAGGAUCUGCCAUCCCUGGAGCAGAAGGCCUCAAGGCCAGGCGUCAGCAGGAUGGCAGAGACGCUCUGCAGUGUGGCCAGUGUAUCCCCGGUGCCGGGAAGGGGAGAGGAGGAGGAAGGUACUGGGUCUGCCCGAGCCUGGCAGCCUGCUGAGGUGCCUGUGCUGGUGAGGGAGAUGUACAGCUGGCUGCAGCGGAACGUGGAUGCGCCUGCCAAGAACGGGCCGGACGAGAGGCUUCUGGAGCUGGUGCGCUGGAACCAGCAUGAUGUGGUGGUGACCCUCCUGCGCUGUGCCCCGUCGUGUGACAGGGCUGCUGUGACCAUGUGGAGGGCGCUGGUGUCAGAGCGCAGCUGUGCCGAGCGAGUGCUGUGGGAGCUGCUGAGCGUGCUGGAGGAUUGGCCGCUGCACAGCACAUCCACCUCCGACGGGGACGAGACGGAGGUCGUCGUUCUGGCUGCAACCAGGGCACUGAGGGAGAUCCUCUGUGAGCGCCAGGUCCCAAAGGUGUUGGAUCAGCAUUUUCCGCCCCUCUUCCUGGCUCUGCUCUUUCAAGUGUACUGCACCAUAAAGGAGGAGGCAGAGGAGAUCGAUGCGUACUGGAGGAAAUACGUCGCGCAAGUCAGCCUUCCCACCAGCCCUAGCAGAUUCGUGGUGCAGACGGUGAAAGCGCUGCUCUGCAGUUUCGGUUAUGAGGAUGUGGUGUUCAGAGUGGAGCACAAGCAUGGCUGGGACACUCUGCUGCACCCCAAGAGCCACCCCUACGCGAUGGGUCUGCUGGCCAGAGAGAUGUGCAUGGUGAAGGAUUAUUUCUGUCACCGCGUGGCGCUCCAGCUUUUGGAUGUGCUGAACCUGGACGAGCCGUGCCUGGAGGUCCCUGCCAUGGCGUUCUUUGUCAAGCUCCUGGCCUGCCCUGACGUGGUGGAAUUGCACGAGCGUGCCCUGAAGCUCUUCCCGAUGUUCGUGCUCAGCCCGCGCAUUGAGAUGCGUCGCCUGGUGCUGCAAGGGCUCUUCACCCUGAGCCAAAGACCUGAGAUGGCUGAAAGAAUGGGGUUCUUGCUGCCGAAACUCCUGGAGGUCCUGGACGACGCAGAUACGGAGGUGGUCGAGAUGACCCUCUCUGUGCUUGGCAAGAUGCUGGAGCAGAGGGACGUGGCAAUUGCUGGCCCUGUCGUCGUGCAGCUGUCUGAGAAGCUGCAGCCGCUCUUUGACAACGAGUCCGCCUCCAUCAAAGUUCUCUCCUUCCAACUCUUCCGGGACGUGAUGGAGCUUUUAGUGGCAGUGGACAGGAAGGCAACAAAGAGACAGGUGCGCCGGAACCUGCUGCCGCUGCUCUUCCACGUCUAUGAUGAGAACCAGCCUGUGGCAGAGGCCUCCCGGGAAACCCUGCUUCAAGCCACCGAGCUGCUGAAGCUGAGGAAGCUGAGGAAGAAGCUGAAGAGCGGGCAGAUCUACAAGUUGGGCAAGUGCCUGCUGGCAGAGGACAGGAGCAGAAGAGAAGAUUACCUGUACCAGGCCCUGCCGUACCUGCAGAGCCCCCAGGAGUCCCUGCGAGAGGCGGCCGUCGUGUUUUUUGGGCACCUUGGUCGGAGCGUGAGGGGACAGCCGGAAGAGCAGCAGACCGUCUACCAGGCCCUCAGAUGCAUGAGAAACGACAUCAGCCAAUCCGUCUCAGACUUAGCAGCUGAUACCCUGUUUGUCCUGAGAAGUGAAGAAAGCAAUCGUACCUUUGGAUACAGGCUGCAGGUGCCUGUGCUGGUGAGGGAGAUGUACAGCUGGCUGCAGCGGAACGUGGAUGCGCCUGCCAAGAACGGGCCGGGCGAGAGCCUUCUGGAGCUGGUGCGCUGGAACCAGCAUGAUGUGGUGGUGACCCUCCUGCGCUGUGCCCCGUCGUGUGACAGGGCUGCUGUGACCAUGUGGAGGGCGCUGGUGUCAGAGCGCAGCUGUGCCGAGCGAGUGCUGUGGGAGCUGCUGGGCGUGCUGGAGGAUUGGCCGCUGCACAGCACAUCCACCUCCGACGGGGACGAGACGGAGGUCAUCGUUCUGGCUGCAACCAGGGCACUGAGGGAGAUCCUCUGUGAGCGCCUGGUCCCAAAGGUGUUGAAUCAGCAUUUUCCGCCCCUCUUCCUGGCUCUGCUCUUUCAAGUGUACUGCACCAUAAAGGAGGAGGCAGAGGAGAUCGAUGCGUACUGGAGGAAAUACGUCGCGCAAGUCAGCCUUCCCACCAGCCCUAGCAGAUUCAUGGUGCAGACGGUGAAAGCGCUGCUCUGCAGUUUCGGUUAUGAGGAUGUGGUGUUUAGAGUGGAGCACAAGCAUGGCUGGGACACUCUGCUGCACCCCAAGAGCCACCCCUACGCGAUGGGUCUGCUGGCCAGAGAGAUGUGCAUGGUGAAGGAUUAUUUCUGUCACCGCGUGGCGCUCCAGCUUUUGGAUGUGCUGAACCUGGACGAGCCGUGCCUGGAGGUCCCUGCCAUGGCGUUCUUUGUCAAGCUCCUGGCCUGCCCUGACGUGGUGGAACUGCACGAGCGUGCCCUGAAGCUCUUCCCGAUGUUCGUGCUCAGCCCGCGCAUUGAGAUGCGUCGCCUGGUGCUGCAAGGGCUCUUCACCCUGAGCCAAAGACCUGAGAUGGCUGAAAGAAUGGGGUUCUUGCUGCCGAAACUCCUGGAGGUCCUGGACGACGCAGAUACGGAGGUGGUCGAGAUGACCCUCUCUGUGCUUGGCAAGAUGCUGGAGCAGAGGGACGUGGCAAUUGCUGGCCCUGUCGUCGUGCAGCUGUCUGAGAAGCUGCAGCCGCUCUUUGACAACGAGUCCGCCUCCAUCAAAGUUCUCUCCUUCCAACUCUUCCGGGACGUGAUGGAGCUUUUAGUGGCAGUGGACAGGAAGGCAACAAAGAGACAGGUGCGCCGGAACCUGCUGCCGCUGCUCUUCCACGUCUAUGAUGAGAACCAGCCUGUGGCAGAGGCCUCCCGGGAAACCCUGCUUCAAGCCACCGAGCUGCUGAAGCUGAGGAAGCUGAGGAAGAAGCUGAAGAGCGGGCAGAUCUACAAGUUGGGCAAGUGCCUGCUGGCAGAGGACAGGAGCAGAAGAGAAGAUUACCUGUACCAGGCCCUGCCGUACCUGCAGAGCCCCCAGGAGUCCCUGCGAGAGGCGGCCGUCGUGUUUUUUGGGCACCUUGGUCGGAGCGUGAGGGGACAGCCGGAAGAGCAGCAGACCGUCUACCAGGCCCUCAGAUGCAUGAGAAACGACAUCAGCCAAUCCGUCUCAGACUUAGCAGCUGAUACCCUGUUUGUCCUGAGAAGUGAAGAAAGCAAUCGUACCUUUGGAUACAGGCUGCAGGGGCUGUACCCGCAACAGCCUUCAAAACGCAACAGCUUGCUCAACAGCCGUUAA